CCCCGGGGCAGUGCCGAGACGGAGCAGGGUUGCGGAGCGUUGAGUAAGAGCUGGUGCCGACAGGUGACUGGACUUCGUUUGCGGCUGCCGGCUGCUCCCCGCUGAAUCUCUGCUGCGGCCUGGCCGCCCCUCCCCACAGCCGACAUCAUGCCGAAACCAAUUAAUAUUCGUGUUACCACCAUGGAUGCUGAGCUGGAGUUUGCCAUUCAGCCCAACACCACGGGCAAGCAGCUCUUCGACCAGGUGGUGAAGACUGUGGGACUGCGAGAGGUCUGGUAUUUUGGGCUCCAGUACGUCGACAGCAAGGGAUAUCCAAACUGGCUGAAGCUGGAUAAAAAGGUCUCCCAGCAGGACUUGAAGAAGGAAAACCCGGUCCAGUUCAAGUUCCGUGCCAAGUUCUUCCCCGAGGAUGUGUCGGAGGAGCUGAUCCAGGAGAUCACCCAGAAGCUCUUCUUCCUCCAGGUCAAGGAGAACAUCCUGUCUGACGAGAUCUACUGUCCCCCAGAAACUGCCGUGCUCCUGGCCUCCUACGCCGUGCAGGCUAAGUUUGGUGACUUCAACAUGGACGCGCACAAGGCCGGCUACCUCACCUCUGAUCGUUUGCUCCCGCAGCGUGUGGUUGGGCAGCACAAAUUCAGCCAGGAGCAGUGGGAGGAGAGGAUCCAAAUCUGGCACGAGGAACACCGCGGGAUGUUGAAAGAGGAUGCAAUGAUUGAGUACCUGAAGAUCGCCCAGGAUCUGGAGAUGUAUGGCGUCAAUUAUUUUGAAAUUAAAAAUAAGAAGGGGACAGACCUUUGGCUGGGAGUCGAUGCCUUGGGCCUCAAUAUCUAUGAACAAAAUGACAAACUCACUCCCAAGAUUGGUUUCCCUUGGAGCGAAAUCCGUAACAUUUCUUUCAACGACAAGAAGUUUGUCAUCAAACCCAUCGACAAGAAGGCUCCUGACUUUGUCUUCUAUGCACCGCGACUGCGGGUAAACAAGCGCAUCUUGCAGCUGUGCAUGGGCAACCAUGAGCUGUACAUGAGGAGACGGAAGCCUGACACCAUUGAGGUGCAGCAGAUGAAGGCACAGGCUCGGGAGGAGAAGCACAAGCGGCAGCUGGAGAGGGCCCAGUUGGAGCAGGAGAAGCAGAAGAGGGAGACGGUGGAGAAGGAGAAGGAACAGAUAGAGUGGGAAACCCGGGACCUGAUGCUGAAGCUGAAACAUUACGAGGUCCAGACGAAGAAGGCCGAGCAGGACCUGGCUGAACAGACGCAGAGAGCCACACAGCUGGAUGAGGAGCGGCGGAGGGCCCAGGAGGAGGCUGAGAGGCUGGAGAUCGAACGCCUGGAGGCCUUGCAAGCCAAGGAUGAGCUGCAGAGACAGGCUAUGGACCAGAUGAAGAACCAGGAACAGCUGGCGGCGGAGCUGUCCGAGUACACGGCCAAGAUCGAGGAGCUGGAGGACGCUCGGAGGAUGAAGGAGGAGGAGGCCUUCGAAUGGCAGCACCGGGCCCAGGUGGUGCAGGAUGACCUGGAGAAGACCAAGGAGGAGCUGCACAUGGUGCUGUCCACCCCUCCCCCACCCCCUCCCCCUCCCCCACCCAUCGUCUACGAGGUGCUGGAAGAGAACGAGCAUGACGUUGAGGAGAAUCACAACUCCGACAGCGCGGAGCUGGCGUACGAUAGCUUCCUGGACCACAGGAUAGAGGAGGACCGAGUGACCGAGGUGGAGAAGAACGAGAGGGUGCAGCAGCAGCUGAUGUUGCUGAGCUCGGAGCUUGCCCAGGCCCGGGACGAUAGCAAGAAGACCUCCAACGAUAUCAUCCACCUGGAAAACGUUCGGAAAGGCCAGGACAAGUACAAGACACUGCGGCAGAUCCGGCGGGGGAACACCAAGCAGAGGGUGGAUGAGUUUGAGUCAAUGUAAGGAUUCACUGACAACAGUCCAAGUCCGCUGCUCUGGGCAGGAUUACAAACCAUUGGAAGUACCUUUCUCUUGGUGAUCUCUGGAGCAACUAGUCCACAGCCUGCAUAUCUCUUUCUCAACUAAAUUUUAUAUGAAUGUCCAAAUUUUGGAAAAAUCUCUUUGAUCCUCUGCAUUCUUGAGCAAUGAACCAGAUUUUUAGUCAUGUAAUUGUUUUAUAGCUUUUUCAGUGCUUCAACAGAGAAACACAAAGCCUCCUUUAAAUCUGAAACAAUGUGCUGAGGUGCACAAUUGAUUAAUCAGUGCCAAAAAUAGAUUAGUGAAAAGUGUUUUUGGUAAAAGAGGGAAAUUUAGUCUCCGGCCUAAUGUAUUGGAUUCUCGUGGGAAACAGAACUUGUCCUUUUGUACCCGCUUUGUGCCACAAGUCAUAGUUACCCGUGUUUAAAACAUGAAUACUACUUGCCACUACACUGAUGUAUUUUGUAUCAAUCACUCCUGUGCUGCUGCAGAUACACAUACACGUGAUCAAUGCACUUCUGAAAGAUUAAGACACUUACUUUUCCUUGUUACCUCCAGUCAUUCAUUGCCAUAGAUUUAACGGGAGAUCAGAAUUCAGCAAUGAUUGCUUGCUACAGUCAGUAAAAAAAAAUAACGGGGAAUGGUUCCUAUUUUGUAUAUUUUUGCUAUUACAAGAUUUCCACUCCAUCACUUAGGAUGUCAACGCAAUAUUAUCUUCGAAAUAAAAGGCUAGUUCUGUGUGGUACUUUACAUAACCUGGCAAUUUUGUAGCACAGAAUCUAUUUGUAAAGUUUUUUACUUCAGAUCAAAGAAAUAGUAAAGCUUAUUUGUAAAGUAAAAAAAAAAGAAAUCCAGUGGCAAGAGUAAAGUGUCACAUUCUAUUUAAUCUAAUCAACUAAAAAGACAACUAUUACAGCUAAGUAUGCCAGGCUUAGAUUUAGAUGUAAACACUUAUACAUGUGUAGGUUUGUAAUUUGAGCAUUAUUUGUGUCUACACUCCUUUAAUGUGCUCAUUUCUGGCCAGCUUUGCUCCUCGAAUCGUGUACCUUUGUUGCUCUGCACUUUGUACUUGCAAGUCUUGUACUGAUAUGGUCUUUGAAACAUUGAAUUGCCUCUAAUAAAAAUGUUGGCAAGAU